GGAUCGGGACAUCACCUGACAGGAAGAUGUGUUAAAGGCGUGGUGAAAACUGAUACCUGACCUACACCCAGCGGUAGCCAGACGGGACUUUUGUCAAGGUGUUUAAAGAUUAGUUUAAUUCAACACCGUGUACCUGGAACUCACCAAGUUCUCUUCAAACAAGCAAGCAGCUCAGUCAUGACUUGCCACUCUCCUCUCCUCCUCAUUCUCCUUGGUAUUUUUGGGCUAUGUUCAAGCUUCAAGAUCUGUGCCUUCAAUGUCCAGAACUUCGACGAUGCCAAAUCAGCCAACUUCAGGGUGAUGCACACUCUGACCAGGAUUGUGUCUCGCUGUGACAUCUGUCUCCUUCAGGAGGUUAAAGACGCACAGGGCAAAGCCACUAAAGCUUUGGUGGAAGCAGUCAACAGAUAUGAUGCCUAUCACUAUAAAUAUGUUGCCAGUGGCGUUCUGGGGCGAACACCUCAGGACCAGGAGCAAUACGUCUAUCUGUACAGGAAUGAAACCGUAGAGUUGACAGCUCAGUACCAGUACGUUGACAGAAAGGAGGGGAACGCGGCUGUUUUCUCCAGAGACCCUUUUGUUGUUAGAUUUCAAGCCAAGGAAACAGUGAUUGGAGACUUUUCUCUGAUCCCUCUGCACACUAUGGCCUCUGACGCAAUCAAGGAGAUUGACAAGCUCUACGAUGUUUUUGAGGAAAUCAAAAUGAAGUGGAAUACUGAGAACGUGAUGUUCCUUGGAGCCUUCAAUGCUGGUUGUGGGCACAUGACCCGGCAGGACAAGGCGAACAUCCGACUUUUCUCAAUACCUGGAUUUUUCUGGUUGAUCAGGGACCAGGUGGACACCACUGUUGGGGAUACUACCAGCUGUGCCUAUGACAGAAUUGUGGUACACGGAGAGCGUUUCCUGAAGACCAUCAAACCGUAUUCAGCCCAGGUCUUCAACAUUGCCAAUGAGUAUAAACUCUCAAAGGAAAGGGUUCUGGAAGUGAGUGACCACUUCCCUAUUGAGGUGGAGCUGAAGACUAAAUCGUCAGGGCAGCUUCAAGCUCCGGUUCAGCCUCUCCUGCUAAUUGCUCUCUCUGUCAUCACCUCCGCCCUGCACAUCUUACCUUCAACCAGUAUGGUGUGAGGAGGACUGAUGGUCUUCUCCAGAGUAUGGAUCAUAGAAAUGUAGAAUUCAUUCUAAUUCAAUAGUAUGGACAUCUAUACAACUUCAAUGAGCAGCUGGUUCACUCAUGCAAGGGUUUGUCAAACCUGUCCACGGGUACCCCUAGAUGCUUCACUAUUUUGCUGUAGCCCUGAACUUGCUCACCUGAUUAAUGUAAUCAAGAUGUUGAUGAUUAGUUGCUACGUUUUAAACGUGCUAGCAUGGAUCUACUGGGGGUUCCUGAGGAGAGCUUUGAGAACCACUCCUCUAAUAAACAGUGAUUCAGUCUUUGACUGGUCCCCAUGAGAUUGCAGACAUUUUAGAGACGGCAUCAUUUAUCACUACGCAAAUUGACGGCAUAAUGUCCCUCAUCUCAUUUCAUCUCUAUGGAUACGCUCUGGUGUUGGAUUGCUGAUCCCAAUUUUGCUCUGUUCUGACAUGUGGUUUCAGGUAUUUGACAGAAAAUAUCUUGAAUGGAAGGCUACAGAUUCCCAGAGCCACCACUUCUGCAUUUAGUAACAUCUAUUUUGUAAAUUAAUGGUUGUAAUAUUUCAAAUUCAAUUAGGUUUUUAAUGUGAUGUGGUUUUUACAUUGUCACUGUAAAUGUUCAAUGCAUGUAUUGUACACAGUAUUUGAAUAAAACGAAAUUGAUUUUAA